AUGGCAGCUGUACAGGUACCGUCGAGGCACAAGGCCUUGGUAUAUGACAACCCUGGAUCCAUCUCCACCAAGCUGGAAGAGAUCGAUACCCCAAAGCCAGGCGUUGGAGAAGUCUUGAUCAACCUGACGCAUUCUGGUGUCUGCCAUUCCGAUAUGGGUGUCAUGUGUAAUUCUUGGGCAUGGCUACCAGCCCCUACACAACAGGGACAGGUCGGUGGUCAUGAAGGAGUGGGCAAAGUGGCUGCUCUAGGACCAGGCACAGAGUCUUCUGGCCUCAAGAUUGGCGAUCGGGUCGGUAUCAAGUGGAUUGCUGCAGCCUGUGGGAAUUGCACUCCUUGUUUAGGGGGAGCUGAUGCUUGCUGUACCUCGGCCAAGAUCAGUGGAUAUUAUACACCCGGCACGUUUCAGCAAUAUGCUCUGGGACCCGCCAACUACGUUACUCCCAUCCCAGACGGCUUGCCCAGCGAUGCUGCGGCUCCCAUGCUCUGUGGAGGUGUGACUGUCUAUGCGGCUCUUUCUAAAACGGGUGCCCGUCCGGGAGAUUGGGUCGUCAUUCCCGGAGCUGGUGGCGGAUUGGGACAUCUUGCUCUUCAGAUUGGUGCAAAAGCUUUUGGAUUCCGUAUGAUUGGCAUCGACAUGGGAGAGAAAGAGCAGCUAGCCAAGGAAUGCGGGGCGGAAGUGUUCCUCGAUUUGUCCAAGUAUAGCAGAGACGAUGAGGGAACCAAGAAGCUGGUGGCAGAUGUCAAGAGUGCUGCGGGAGGCGUCGGUGCACAUGCUGUUGUUGUCUGCACAGCCAGCAACGUCGCCUAUGCACAGGGCCUGACCUUCCUCCGUUACAGAGGUACUUUGGUCUGCGUUGGUGUCCCCGAAGGGGCAUCACAGCCAAUCCAGACAGCCAACCCUGCAGCCCUACUUGCACAAGAACUGAGAAUUGUUGGAAGUGCUGUGGGCAAUCGCAAGGAUGCCAUGGAGACAUUGGAGCUGGCUGCACGGGGUAUUGUCAAAACUCAUUUUGAAACUCAACCGAUGAGCAAACUAACAGAAGUCUUCGAGAGGAUGGAUAAGGGCAAGCUGCAAGGCAGAGUCGUGCUAGAUCUGAGUGGAUAGUGGAAUGGUACCCC